GGGCAUUUGGGAAUGCAGUGCGCCGGAUCCUAAAGGGUAAAACCUCCUCCACAGAGAGAGAGAGAGGAUGCAGAUAUUCGUGAAAACCCUAACUGGGAAAACAAUAACCCUAGAGGUUGAAUCCUCAGACACCAUCGACAAUGUGAAGACUAAGAUCCAAGACAAGGAAGGCAUCCCUCCAGACCAGCAGCGUCUCAUCUUCGCCGGAAAACAGCUUGAAGACGGCCGCACUCUCGCCGACUACAACAUCCAGAAGGAGUCGACCCUUCACCUGGUGCUUCGUCUCAGGGGUGGUGCUAAGAAGAGGAAGAAGAAGACUUACACAAAGCCCAAGAAGAUCAAGCACAAGAAGAAGAAGGUUAAGCUCGCUGUUCUUCAGUUUUACAAGGUUGAUGAUUCUGCCAAGGUUCAGAGGUUGAGGAAGGAGUGCCCUAAUGCUGACUGUGGUGCCGGUACUUUUAUGGCUAACCAUUUUGAUCGUCACUACUGUGGUAAGUGUGGUCUCACCUACGUUUACCAGAAGCCCGCCGCCGAGUGAUUCUCCGUCCAUUAAUAAUAGUUAUCUUUUUGGGCAAUUUUGAAUCUUAUUAUGGACUUGUUUUUUGCUCUUAAUUUUCCAGCUUUUGAUUUAAUCGAAUGUUGAAAUGACAUUGUCUUUUUUGCUGAGGAUUUGGGGGAUUUGAGUUUAUCUUUUAGAAUUACAAACUAAUGUUGGAUAUUAUUAGCUUGUUUAUGCUACUUGACGCUUUUUGGUACAUAUUGGUUUAAUUUAUGAAGCAAACAAUUCUACAGUGAA